UGCAGCAGGCAGCAGGCAGCAGGACAGGGCUGGGCAGGGCAGGACAGCAGCAGACCGCAGCGGAGCGCCACAGAAAGAUCCAGCAAGGAGGGGACACAGUCAGACACAAGAGGAGGGGACAGAAAGGCAAGACAAGCCCCGUCAACACCGAGCGGUACCGUCGUGACAGCAGCGCCGGUCAACAGCACGGACACAUCGGGGGGAACUGCGUUUUCAUGUAUUUUUAGACACAGCCCGUCGUCACCAUGACAGCGGAAGAAACCAUCAAUGUGAAGGAGGUGGAGAUCAUCAAGGUGAUCCUGGACUUUCUGAACUCCAGGAAGCUGCACAUCAGCAUGCUGGCGCUGGAGAAAGAGAGCGGCGUCAUCAAUGGGCUCUACUCGGACGACAUGCUCUUCCUCAGGCAACUGGUGCUCGACGGCCAGUGGGACGAGGUCUUGCAGUUCAUUCAGCCUUUGGAGUGCAUGGAUAAGUUCGACAGAAAAAGGUUUCGUUACAUCAUCCUCAAGCAGAAGUUUCUGGAGGCUUUGUGUGUGAAUAACGCCAUGUCUGCAGAAGAUGAGCCACAGCAUUUGGAGUUCACCAUGCAGGAAGCAGUCAAGUGUCUCCAUGCGCUGGAGGAGUUCUGUCCGUCUAAAGACGACUACAGCAAACUGUGUCUGCUCCUCACGCUGCCUCGCCUCACAAACCAUGCAGAGUUCAAGGACUGGAACCCGAGCACGGCCAGGGUGCAGUGUUUUGAGGAGGCCUGCACAAUGGUAGCAGAGUUCAUCCCUGCUGACAGGAAGCUGAGUGAGGCUGGAUUCAAGGCUAGUAGGGAUCGACUCUUUCAGCUGCUCCUCAAGGGAGUCCUCUAUGAGUGCUGUGUGGAGUUCUGCCAGAGCAAGGCAACAGGUGAGGAGAUCACAGAGAGCGAGGUCCUCCUGGGCGUCGACAUGCUGUGCGGUAAUGGCUGUGACGACCUGGACCUGUCCUUGCUCUCCUGGAUGCAGAACCUCUCCCACAGUGUAUUCUCCUGCGCCUUCGAACAGAAGCAACUCAACAUCCACGUGGAUCGCUUAGUCAAGCCUGCAAAGACCGGCUACGCUGACCUGCUCACCCCUCUCAUCAGCAAGCUGUCUCCGUACCCCUCCUCCCCACUACGCCGGCCCCAGUCUGCUGAUACCUACAUGUCACGCUCCUUAAACCCGGCGUUGGACGGAUUGUCAUAUGGGCUCUCUGGCCAAGACAAAAGAGCGAGUGGCGGCGAGGUAGUGCCGGGUAAAGGCGUCUCUCCCAUGUCCCACUCGUUUGCCAACUUCCACUAUCCCGGAGCAGGAGGGCAGAGCCUGAGCAGGAGUCUCAUGAUGGAGAGCUCAGACUGCCACAGCAUCUUUGAGGAAUCCCCUGAAACGUCGAGGACAGACACACCUGAGGACAAGAUGAUGAGUUCAGGUGGAGCUCAGAGCCUGCGUCCUGCCUCAGCUCCGGGCGAGGACGCACCAUCUACUGGCUCCACUGACAGGAAUGAGCUCCGCGACUCCACAGAGAAAUAUGAGGAGUAUUAUCGGCAGCGUCUUCGAGUGCAGCAGCACCUGGAGCAGAAGCAGCAGCAGAGGCAAAUGUACCAGCAGAUGUUGCUGGAGGGUGGAGUCCAGCAGGAGCCCCCACCCAGCAACAUGCAGCACAGCCUUACAGAGAAGUUCCUCAACAGGUCCAUCCAGAAGCUGGAGGAGCUCAAUGUGGGGAUGGAGAAUUUAGGAGACGAGGUGAAAUCUCUGGCCCAGCAAUGUAAUGGCAACGGCAACACGCCCGCCUCUGAGGACAAUAACAACCCUCCAUCUGUGACCCCGGAGCAGACCCGGUCCCGAGGGGGAGGGGUGCUCAGCAGCACCCCACAACGCACAGUGGGGGGUCGCACAGUCCCGCCUCCAGAUGAGUCCCCUGUUGUCACCCAGAGUGGGCACAAACAAAAAGCAGGUGGACAAGAUGACUCUCCUGGCUCCUUGUCUCGGAGUAAAGAGGGUAACAAGCAAAAAAGCCUGUUUGUGCCGGUGCAUACUUUGGAAGAUACUCAGGCUGUUCGAGCUGUUGCCUUUCACCCGUCUGGAGCGCUCUACGCCGUGGGCUCCAACUCCAAAACCCUACGAGUCUGCGCUUAUCCAGAGACAUUAGAGCCGAGUGGUUCAAGUCCAGUCAAGCAGCCAGUUGUUCGCUUCAAGAGGAACAAACACCACAAAGGGUCCAUCUACUGUGUGGCGUGGAGCCACUGUGGGCAGCUGCUGGCUACAGGCUCCAAUGACAAAUAUGUCAAAGUCCUGCCCUUUAGCGCAGAGACAUGCAACGCUACAGGUCCAGACUUGGAGUUUAGCAUGCAUGAUGGGACCAUCAGAGACCUGGCCUUUAUGGAGGGUCCAGAGAGUGGAGGAGCCAUCUUGAUCAGCGCCGGAGCAGGAGACUGUAACAUCUACACCACCGACUGCCAGAGAGGACAGGGUUUGCACGCCCUCAGUGGACACACAGGUCACAUUCUGUCUCUGUACACGUGGGGAGGCUGGAUGAUUGCCUCUGGCUCUCAGGACAAAACAGUGCGUUUCUGGGACCUCAGGGUGCCCAGCUGUGUCCGAGUAGUGGGAACUGCUUUCCAUGGCUCAGGCAGUCCUGUGGCCUCAGUAGCAGUGGAUCCUAGUGGCCGUCUCCUAGCAACAGGACAGGAAGACAGUGCGUGCAUGCUGUAUGACAUCAGAGGAGGACGAAUCGUCCAGGUGUACCGGCCACACACCAGUGAUGUGCGAUCAGUCAGGUUCUCCCCUGGAGCGCACUACCUGCUCACUGGCUCCUACGACACAAAGGUCAUGGUCACCAACCUCCAAGGUGACCUGACCAAGCAGUUGCCUCUGACCGUGGUGGGAGAACACGGCGACAAGGUGAUUCAGUGUCGAUGGCACACACAAGACCUGUCCUUCCUCUCAUCCUCUGCCGACCGCACUGUCACACUCUGGACACACAACCCAUAACACACACACACACACAACUAGUCACUCUAAUCUAAAUGGCACACAUUCCCCUAAAACAACACUGCUCCUCCUGCACUGUCAACACUGUUACACCCAUUCCACACACUUACAGCCUGAAACACACACACACACACACAGAGUUACAGGUGAAUGAACCUUUCACUCCUGUCUGUAGGAAACCAAAUGGGUAACAACCUGACAUGUCAAAAGCACACAUGUUGCAUGUUCUCCUUUUUCUUUUCAUCUCUCACAUUUCAUUCAUCGCACAAUUUGCUGAUGUCUUGCUGGGGUUUGACAGCAGGAUCGCUGAUUGUUCUCACUAUCACUACACCCCUUCCUGCAUGCUGACCUGCAGGAUAGGACCCAACAUUAAGAUUUGAAGUUUCAGCUUACAUUUUCACUCCUUACACGCCCACAAACACAGUCAGUUGCUGCAUGUCCUUUGUCACUGAGGAGUUAUCAGGGUUCGGGGGGGACAGGACAGAGUGCUUUGUUCAUGAUGGUGCCUUCCUUGAGUUCUCACUUUCCAUAACAGAAAUGUAAAACUGGUCAUUUCUCAUGAUCAAAUUUUGUUAAGUCGUUUUGAGAAAUCCUACAUUCCUUCUUUUGCAUAUCAUUUUCUUAUAGCUGGUGUUAUGCUGCUAUUGUUUGGGAAAACAAGAGUUGACUUUAUUGUGUAAGGUGUACAUUUUCGGUGUGUCGGCAGUGAGCUUUUCCCCCCUCAGGAGGCCAAAUCUGUGGAAGUUAUUCUAUCUGUUGAUCCCCUGUGGGAUGUACUGAUGUAUAAUGUUACUGUAUCCACUGCAUUACUACAACUCAAAAUGUGUAAAAGAGCUUGUGCAUUUGUUUUAAAUUUGAAAAUCAGUGUUUUUGCUCUGAAGCUGUUAUAGUGUCUUGCGAUGGCUUGCUUGCAGUGGAAGAUUGCUAUUAUGUCAGCAUCAAAGGGAAAUACAAUUUGUGGCUUUCAUUCCGUUUAGGAUUUUUCAGUGUUCUAAAGCUUUGGUUUGUCUACUGCUGUAAUGAUCUAACACCAGUAGGUGGCAGUCUUUGUCCAUAUUGGGGAUCUAACCAUAUGCACAAUGAAAUCUGAAAGGACGAACGGGUGUUUCGAUGUUUAGUUAGAACCAGUAUUCGGGGCGUAUGCAUUGUUUUGUUUUUUCCUUAUAUUUUACAUGCGCACUUUGUCUUUUAACAUUGUCUUCGAAUAUUGAUUUACUUACAAAGAUUCAUAUUUAAGUUUUUAUGUUAAUAUAUAGUAUAUAUUGUUUUAACAAAUAAGGCCAAAUUAAUACAUACAUAGAUGUAUUUAUUUUGGUUGUGUUUAUGUAUGUACAGUUAUUAGUAUGUUUUUGAAACGCUAGUGGCUCUUGUAUUAAGCCUUUCUAAUUCUUGUUUUUAAAAGUGACUUAAAUUAAUUCAAGCUAACUCAAGUCUGACUGCUGGUACGUUCAAUAAAGUGUCUUUUACAGAAGCUGUA